AUGAGCUCCCUCCUUGUUCUGCUCUCUCUCCACACGGUGGCCCUUUGCACUCGUGCUGCUGUCGCGCUGCGCACCGCUACAGAGGCAGAGCCACGGAGGCAGAGCCACGGAGGCAGAGGCACAGCGGCUCGGAGGCACAGCGGCUCAGAGGCACAGCGGCUCGGAGGCGCAGAGCAGCCUCUCACUGUGAACAUGGUGGUGGCUUUGUGCGCUCGCAGGAUCGCUCGGCGCUCACGGUCCGCCCUGAUAGCGGCGCUCACCGUGUUGCUGGUGCAGACGCUCAUCGUGUGGAACUUCAGCAGCCUGGACUCCGGAGAGGAGCGACACAACCGCGGGUCCAGUGUGCGCGAAAAGAGGGACCGGCUCUCGGGCAACAAAGCCGCGGGCAGCGACUACUCUCAGCACGGGCACCAUCCGCGGCAGCACCAGCCCGCUCCUGGCAGAGGAGCGUCUCGGCACAUACAGCAGCCGGACGGGUAUUACUCGCAUCGGCCUAAGGAGAAAGUGGACAGCAACAAUGAGAACUCGGUGCCCAAAGACUUUGAGAACAUAGACAAUAGUAACUUUGGGGCACGGUCGCAGCCCCAUAGACAGACAGUGGGAGCCCCUGGGAGCAAACAGAGAUCACAUUUCCAGGAGAGAGCACACGCACAGCAGCAGGCCUGGCGGGACAGUGCACCCAGCAUGAGCCGAGCCUCUAAUGAGGUCCUGCCUGUGGGACACUCCCAACAACACCUCUCAAUGGGAAUGAACAACUUCUCACAUCAAGUGGGCCAACACUACCGGAGUGUGCCGUCUCAGCAGCCCCAGCACAGACACUUGCACCCGCACAGGAAGCAGGAGACAGCAUCAGCGCAUCAGGACGUCGCCUACGAGCAGCCGCCCAAGUGUGAGAUCAACGGUAAAGAGGCCAUCUCCGCUCUGUCCCGGGCCAAGAGCAAGGAGUGCCGACAGCAGAUAGCAGAGGUGUACUGCCGGCACAAGGAGGGACAACUCAUGCCGGACAAAGUCAACCGCUACUGUCCCAUAGAAGGUAAAGCCAAUGUUAAUGUUCAGUGGGAUGAGGACUCAGCGGAGACGGUUCCAUCCAAACCUGUGAGAAUCGCUUUUGUGCUGGUGGUCCAUGGACGAUCUUCGCGGCAACUGAAUCGCCUUUUCAAAGCCAUCUACCACACGUCACACUAUUACUACAUACAUGUGGACCAGCGCUCCAACUACCUACACAGACAAGUGCUGUCGCUGGCGUCUCACUAUCCAAACGUAAGGGUAACUCCAUGGCGCAUGUCCACCAUUUGGGGCGGAGCCAGUCUCCUCACCAUGUACCUGCGCAGUAUGGCCGACCUGCUGGCAAUGAGAGACUGGAGCUGGGACUUCUUCAUCAACCUCAGCGCAGCCGACUACCCCAUCAGGACCAAUAACCAGCUGGUGGCCUUCCUGUCCAAAUACAGAGAGAUGAACUUCAUCAAGUCCCAUGGCAGAGAUAACGCCAGAUUCAUCCGUAAGCAGGGAUUGGACCGGCUGUUUUAUGAAUGUGACACCCACAUGUGGAGACUGAGCGACCGGAAGAUCCCAGAAGGCAUCUCGGUGGACGGAGGCUCGGACUGGUUCCUGCUCAAUCGUAUGUUUGUGGAAUACGUCAUCAACUCUCAGGACGAUCUGGUCACCAACAUGAAACGCUUCUAUGCCUACACGCUCCUGCCUGCUGAGUCAUUCUUCCACACUGUGCUGGAGAAUAGCGCUUACUGUGAGAGCAUGGUGGACAACAACCUGCGCAUCACAAACUGGAACCGCAAACUGGGCUGUAAAUGUCAGUACAAGCACAUCGUGGACUGGUGCGGCUGCUCCCCCAACGACUUCAAACCCGCCGACUUCCACCGCUUUCAGCAAACCGUUCGUCCCACCUUCUUCGCGCGUAAGUUCGAGGCCAGCGUGAACCAGGAGAUUGUGAAGCAGUUGGACACGUUCUUGUUUGGCCCUCUCCCCCACGGGACUCCGGCGCUGAACUCCUACUGGGAAAACAUUUACGACGAGCCCGACGGAGCGGCCAGUCUGUCGGACGCCCAGCUCACCUACUACCACUCCUUCUCCAGAAUGGGCCUGUCCAGAGCUGCUUCGUCUCUGCAAGGGAACCCCCAGGACCACAGCUGCAGGUACUUCCCCAUGGGGCAUCCCGUAUCGGUGCAUCUCUACUUCCAGGAGGACCAGUUUCAGGGCUACCUGGUCCGACACCACGCCACAAACCUGGCAACUAGCAAACUGGAAACCAUGGAGACCUGGGUGGCUCCUAAGAAAAACUUCAAGCUCACGCUCCCCCCCAGCAGCACGUUCAGCAGGUUGCAGUUCGCAGAGAAAAGUUCUGAGAAAGCCGUGAAUCAACAGGAUUCAGAGAAAAGGGCAGAGAGGACAGAGAUCCACCACAGAUCCACUGAAGUCGAGCUGUUGCCAGAAAACCUCGAAGACAAUCAGUCACGUUUGAUUCGAGAGCAAGAUGCUUUAAAUGAAAGGAUUGAUGCGAUAUUUCGUAAAAACCAGGAGAGCAUCGCGAAGAGGACACAACAGGACUGGGUCUUUAAGAGAGAGAAGCUACAGGACGACGAACAGGAGACUGUGGAGACGGAGAAGCUGCAGCCUGAGCAGAGAAACCCCCAACAAGAGGGUCCUAGGAUCAAUGAGGAACAGGAGGAGCAGGAGGUUAAAGGGGAGGUAGAGCAGGAGGUUAAAGGGGAUUUAAAGCAGGACAAGUCGGUCUUCAAGGGACAGAAGGUAGGGUUAGAGCACUGCGCACAGGCCAGUACUUCGUUUGAGCUUUUGCGCCAAGAGAGGGAGAAAUGUAGGAAAUAUAUAUCUGAACUUAAUCAGUUUAAGGAUAAAGUAAAGCAGGACGAGGCCAGCAGCGACAAAGCAGCGGAUCAGGAAAAGGAGACAUCACUGACCGAAGGUGAUGUAGAGAGGAACCGCGAACUGGAAGCCGAGGUCCAACGUCCAACGUCUUUAGAACUGAGAGAAACUAAGCAGGCUCUUAAAGGGAAAGUGCAGUCUCUGGAGACACAGAACAGGGAAUUGACCCAAGAGUUUGAAAGUUUUAAGUUUAGAUCAGAGGAAAAACUGAGGGAAAGCAGGAAUGAAAUGUUGAGAAUUUGUGCAGAAAACAGAGAGUUGGCCGAAAAAUUUGAGGAAUAUAGGUCAGAAUCAAAGAGAGAAAAGUCUCACCUGCGGACUGAGCUGGAGUUAUGUAAAUCUGAUUCACAGCGGCGCCGUCAAAAUGUAGCCACAGAUUUAGAAAAAACAAAUGCGCAUUUAAUGGAGCAGUUAGAGUUCUACAAGACGGACCUCGAGAACAGAACGCGGGACUCCGGUUUGGAAAUUACGAUCUUUAAAGGAAAGGUUGAUUCUCUGGAGAAAUAUACGUUUAGUCUGGAACAGAAACAGCGACACCACAGUGGGCUCCAGACUGAGGUAGAGUCCCUCAGAGUAGAGAACUUAGAGAUGAAAGAAGUUCUGAACUGUAACAAAUCUGAACUGGUCCGACUGAGACAGACGGUGGCCGAGGCAGAGAAGAGAGAGCAGACGCUCCGAAACACAGUCAGCCUCCUUGAAACCCAAAAGAGAGAUUUGUCUGAGAAUUUGCAGAGGACAGAGUUUCGCUUAAACAGGUUACGAAACACGGGCUUCGACUGGGACCACGACUCACAGCUCCUGAGCCGCAACUCACAGCUCCUGAGCCGCGACUCACAGCUCCUGAGCCGCGACUCACAGCUCCUGAGCCGCGACUCACAGCUCCUGAGCCGCGACUCACAGCUCCUGAGCCGCGACUCACAGCUCCUGAGCCGCGACUCACAGCUCCUGAGCCGCGACUCACAGCUCCUGAGCCGCGACUCACAGCUCCUGAGCCGCGACUCACAGCUCCUGAGCCGCGACUCACAGCUCCUGAGCCGCGACUCACAGCUCCUGAGCCGCGACUCACAGCUCCUGACCACGUCACUCACGGCCUCCAUCAGUCACUGUCCAAGCAUCCCACCUCUCCAUAGGGCAGCGUCCGUCUUUAAUCUCCAUUCGGUCUCCACACCAGGACCCGACUUCACCGUCGGCACCGAGUGGGACGCCAAGGAACGAAUCUUCAGGAAUUUCGGGGGUUUGAUGGGCCCCAUGGAUGAGACGGUGGGGAUGCAGAAAUGGAACAAAGGCCCGAACGUGACGGUGACGGUGGUUUGGAUCGACCCGACCAAUGUCAUCGCCGCCACAUACGACAUCCUGAUCGACGCCAGUGCAGAGUUCACUCACUAUCGGCCUCCGCUGAACCAGCCUCUGCGUCCGGGCGUUUGGAGCGUCCGAAUCCUGCACCACUGGAGCCCUGUGGCCGAGCUGCGCUUCCUCAUCGCUCCACUGGCCUACAGCAAGCACCAGCCCAUCAGACAAGAGGACGCCCUGAAGCUGCACAGCGGCCCGGCAAAGAACAGCUACAUGGAGCAGAGUUUCCACGGUCUAAACCCAGUGCUGAACAUCCCCGUGAGCCUGGAGCUGGUGGAGCGCUCCAAGAGGAACGCGGCUCUGACCGGGGCGGAGCUGGAGCGCUGGGUGGACAGUGUGGUGGGGGACAUGUGGGAGGCUGUGGACGUGUGCGCGGUGGGCCUCAGCGCCUGCCCCGUCAUGCAGGCCUGUCCCAAGAGCCGCUGGAGCUCUAUGAGUCCGGACCCCAAAUCCCACCUGGGUCCUCCGCACGCUGACGGGCGCAUCAGGUAG